GCGGUCGCGGUCUCGCGCCGGCGCUCACCAGCCACCACCAGCGCCGCCUCCUAGUCCACGCCUCGCCCCCUCCCCAAACCCCACCGGCCACCGCGCACCACUCCACUCCACCCGGCGCCCGGCGCCCGGCGCCAUGGCCUUCCCUUCCCCCAUCUCCCUCUCCUCCUCCGGCUACCCCGCACCAAUCCACCUCGGCCUCCAGCCCCUCCCCAGCGUCCCGCCGCUCCACCCCACGCUCCUCCCCUUCCCGCGCUCCCUGCCGCUCCACCUCCCCUCGCUCCGCCUCACCCGGCCCCGCCUCCCUCCCAUCCCGCUCGCCUCCUCUGGCAGCGGCGGCAUCGGCGGCGAUGACGACCUAACACCCUCUGGCGGCGAUGACGACUUACCACCCUCUGGCGGCGGCGGAGGAGGAGACGAGGGCGACGACGGCAGCGCACGCGGGGACGGCGACGACGCAUCGGUCAACAGGAAUGAGGCGCUGUUCGUGCUGGCGCAGCUGGGGCGGAAGCUCGAGAGCCUACCGGCCGACCUCGCCGCCGCCGUGGAGGGCGGCCGCGUGCCCGGCGAGAUCGUGCGCCGGUUCGUGGACCUCGAGGCGUCGCCCGUGUUCAGGUGGCUGCUGCAGUUCGGCGGGUUCAAGGAGCGCCUCCUUGCCGACGACCUCUUCCUCACCAAGGUCGGCAUAGAAUGCGGCGUCGGCAUCUUCACCAAGACUGCUGCAGAGUAUGAGAAAAGGAGGGAGAACUUUGUCAAAGAGCUUGACUUUGUGGUUGCAGAUGUGAUCAUGGCAAUAGUUGCAGAUUUCAUGCUUGUAUGGCUUCCUGCUCCAACCGUAUCUUUGCGGCCACCACUAGCGGUGAAUUCUGGAGCCAUUGCUAAAUUCUUCUACAACUGCCCAGAUAAUGCCUUCCAGGUUGCUUUGGCUGGGACAUCAUACUCACUUUUGCAGAGAGUGGGAGCUAUUGUGAGGAAUGGUGCAAAGCUUUUUGCAGUUGGAACUAGUGCCUCUCUGAUCGGCACUGGUGCGACCAAUGCACUGAUAAAAGCAAGGCAGGCUGUCAGUAAAGAUUUUGCUGGUGAAGUUGAGAAUAUUCCAAUUGUGGCAACAAGCGUUGCAUAUGGCGUGUACAUGGCAGUUUCUAGUAACCUCAGGUACCAGAUUUUGGCUGGAGUGAUUGAACAGCGGAUGCUCGAGCCACUGCUGCACCGCCACAAACUAGUAUUGGGCGCAAUGUGUUUUGCAGUUAGGACAGGGAACACAUUUUUGGGUUCUCUACUGUGGGUCGACUAUGCCAGGUGGAUAGGCAUACAAUAGGGUCAAGCAUAGAGCCUUAGCAAUAUUGGUUCUUCAUGACUUGCUGUUACCAUGCUUCCUACAACUGGCACACUACUUGUCUGCCUCGCGGGAGAUGCUUAGGACAUGUUGGGGGUUUCGUUCUUUAUACAAGGCCCAGGGGAAAACGUAAUUUGUCGAAUUAUUCCUGCAAACAAGUGACUGGAAUUUGUUUUGACGGUUUAUAUGUUGUAUUGUGUUGGAUUGGAUUCACAGUUUUGAGUCGUUAUUUGUUCAGGUUCCUGUGAUUUGGAUAUUGUCUUGUUUGGUUCCAAAAUUUUGUUUAAUGUAGUGUGACUGACUGCACGACAUGAACCCUGCCA